GGGCUCGUGGAGUGCGAUCCCGGAAGUGUCAUUCGGCUUGCUGCAGUCAUGGCGGCCGGGUCUUUGCCAGCUUCCAUGGCCCCGUACUUUCCGGGAUACCACCCGUUCGACCCGGAGUCCCUGGGUUUAGGGGCGGGGUUCCGCCUGACUUCGUUCUCGGAUAUGAAGGGAUGAGGCUGUAAGGUCCCGCGGGAGACUCUGCUCAGGCUCCUGUCGGGACUGGAGGACGGGGAACCCGGCGAAGGGGGCGGCCGGGACCCGGAGAGCUCCUGUGCGGUGCAGGACGGGGGACACCCCAGGCUGGGGAUCGGUAUGGACUCAUGUGUGAUCCCUCUAAGGCACCGAGGACUCUCCCUUGUUCAGACCACGGACUUCUUUUAUCCAUCUGUAGAGGAUCCCUACAUGCAGGGCCGUAUUGCCUGCGCCAAUGUCCUCAGUGAUCUCUAUGCCAUGGGGAUUACAGAAUGUGACAAUAUGCUGAUGUUACUCAGUGUCAGCCAGAAGAUGACGGAUGAGGAACGGGAGAAGGUUACACCCCUGAUGAUCAAAGGAUUUAAGGAUGCAGCGGAGGAGGGAGGCACCUCUGUAACCGGGGGCCAGACUGUGGUUAAUCCAUGGAUCAUCAUUGGAGGAGUAGCCACGGUUGUUUGUCAGUCAAAUGAAUUUAUUAUGCCACAAAACGCUGUUGCAGGUGAUGUCCUGGUGCUGACGAAGCCUCUAGGGACGCAGGUCGCUGUGAACGCCCAUCAGUGGUUGGACAAUCCCGAACGCUGGAACAAGAUCCGUCUGGUGGUGAGCAGAGAAGAGGUUGAGCUGGCCUAUCAGGAAGCCAUGUUUAAUAUGGCUACCCUGAAUCGCACAGCUGCAGCGUUGAUGCACAUGUUCAAUGCCCAUGCGGCCACCGAUAUUACAGGCUUUGGCAUCUUGGGCCAUGCGCAGAACAUGGCACGGGAGCAGCACUCUGAAGUGAACUUUGUUAUCCACAAUUUACCCAUCAUCGCCAAGAUGGCGUCCAUCUCUAAGGCAUGCGGAAACCGUUAUGGUUUACUUCAAGGAACAUCUGCGGAGACUUCUGGUGGUCUACUCAUCUGCCUCCCGAGGGAACAAGCCGCUCGCUUCUGUGCCGAAAUAAAAUCCCCCAAGUAUGGAGAGGGACAUCAGGCCUGGAUUAUCGGUAUCGUAGAAAAAGGAAACAGGUCCGCCCGCAUUAUCGAAAAACCCCGGAUUAUUGAAGUGACCCCACGGGGUGCUGGGACAAGUGACAGCAGCACUACACAGAGUCUAGACGCACCAUACUAAACUGGACAGUAACAGUGCCUCAGGUUUCUUGCUUGAACAGAAUCUUAUUUCUAUGCUGUUUAAUGAAGGUAAAAAAUGCUUAGUUUCCGGAGCUGAAUAUAUUAUCUGAAUCAUAGGAUGAAAGCAGUGGAAAUUAUUUAUUUUUCUUAAUUUUUUUUCAAUAUGGACAAUGAAAACUCCUAAAGCCCUUCCGUCUGCUCUCCUCCGCUCGACGGUCCAGGCCUGAGCAGCUGGGCUGAAGAUAUGGAGGAGAAGGGGCUCUGGUGGCUUUCCUUACACUCCUGUCAAUGAUGUCUCUUCUGUAUAACCUGAUAUCAGGCUGGAGGGGACUGACAUAAAUUCAGAAGAGGUGGGGAGGCCGGCACAUCCCUUUUUAGAUGGUUUUUCAAUUAAAUAUAAUUCAUGAACCAAUAA